AUGAAUGCUUAUAGCAAACGACAACAACAAUCAUUAAAACGACAAUUAAGUACUGAUGAUGAUGACAAGAGUAACAAUGAUCAUAACUAUCGUUUAAAAAUAGUAGAACAAGAGAAUGACAACAAAAAUGAUUCAACAGUCAUCUCAACAACAACACCUUCGUCAUCAACAUUUUCAUUAUUACCUAAUGAAUUACUUUUCUAUAUAUUUGUCUAUUUAAAAUCAACAGAAAUUACUGAAAUAUUUUUUAAUUUAAAUACACGACUAAAUCAAUUAAUAUUUUCUGGUUAUGAUCAUUAUCUAGAUGGAAUUGACUUGACUGAUGCAAAUGGAAUAUGGAUUAAUAAUUAUUUAAUGACAAUCCAACCUUAUAUAGAGAAAUUAAAGUUAAAACAACUACAAUUACCUCUUCUAUUUGAUAUCAGUCAACCAUCAGAAAAUAUUUUUCUAGCCUAUCCACAGUUGCAUACAAUUAUCUUAACAGAUAUUGAUGAUAAUAAUGAUCUAUUUCUAAUGUAUUUAGAAAAAUUUAAAUCUCUACAUCAAUUAACAACUCUAGUAUUAAAGUUUAAAGGGCAUAUACAUUCGCACUGUUGUCAUCUGUUAUUUCAGGCUAACACUCAUUUGAAAACAAUUAAUAUUCAUAGUAAAUAUAUUGCUACCUUUAGGCAUAACCAUGAUGAUUCUUCACCACCACUACUACCAUCGCUAAUGUGGACAGAGAAUUUUUAUAUACAACAUUUACACAUUCGUUUAUAUAGUCUAUAUCAAUUGUGUAUAUUAUUUGAAUAUUUAUUACAUUUAGAAACAAUACAUGUAGAAAUGAUGCCUAAUCAACUAUCUGUCGGUAAUGAAAUUCGGGGAUCACUUGUAGGAAAACCAACAAGAAAAUAUUUGAAAAAGUUUUCUUUAAAUGGAUUUAUAACAACUUUGCGACAAUUUCAGAUACUACUAACACAAUUUUCUUCUACAUUAGAAUAUCUGUCAUUA